CCAAGUGGCCAGUGUUUUGCUUGGCUCAUAUCUUUUCACUACCAUAGUAUUGAGUCAUUUUAUUCCUUUGAGUGAUACUGUUUCCUGUACUUGAAUUGUCAUAAUGAUUCUACUUCUCAUGGCUGCACUUGCUAUCCCUGCAAAGAUGACAUUAUAUCCCUCAAACCGGAGUAAGUUAGGAACACUUGGUCGACCAGUAGGGUCUUUGGACCAACUUAUUCAAGCAGAAGGUGAUAUGGACAAAUCGGAACCGUUGCUCACCCCAUCUACAUCAACAACAAAUAUUGGAAGUUUUCAUGAGAGCAAUAGUGUUUCGGAGGUGGAUAUGCUUCUAGCUGAGGGAGAGGGCGCAGUGAAGAAGAAGAGACGGCCCAAAAGAGGGGAAGAUUUCAUUUUCCGUGAAGCUAUAGUGAAGGCUGAUUUCUGGCUUCUUCUUUGUUUAUUUCACCCGUGUUGGUUCGGGUGUUACUGUUCUCAACAACUUGGCUCAGAUAGGAAUAGCUCAAGGUGCAGAAGAUACAACCGUCCUGUUAUCUCUAUUCAGCCUUUUCAAUUUUGUGGGUCGGCUCGGUGGCGGCAUUGUUUCCGAACAUUUUGUCAAAAACAAUCCCUAGGACAAUUUGGAUGACAUUCACACAAAUCAUAAUGAUCAUUACGUACCUUUUCUUUGCUUCUGCUCUUGAUGGUACACUCUAUGUCACAACAGCAGUACUUGGAAUCUGCUACGGCUUUCAGUUUUCCAUAAUGGUCCCAACCGCCUCCUAGCUUUUCGGAUUAAAGCAUUUUAGGAUAAUCUUCAAUUUCAUGUCGCUCGGGAAUCCUCUCGGUGCUAUCCUCUUCUCUGGUGUCCUUGCAGGGUUCGUACUUCUUGCUUGGGCCCAAAUUGCUUUGGGCUUACCUUCAUU